CUUCGAAUCGAAUCGUCCGAUGAUUGCCGAUCAAAUAAAUCAUGCUCGAGAAGCAAAUCCGAACGAGAGACGCUUCCCCUUCCCCUCGCAGAUGGAGUCGCUUGCGUCGCAAGCGAGGCCGGCGGCGGUGCUCUGGCUCGCCGGCUUCCUCCAGGCCGCGCGCCUCCACCGGGUUGUCUCCUUCUGCGCCAGCUCGAGGGCACUAUCCAUCAGGAUCGCACAGUGCUUCCUGCUGAACGGCCUCAUCUUCCUGGGGAGCUUGCUAACCCUGAAAUCGGUGGUCAUUCCAACUCUAUUGUGGAUUCUACCUGAGCAAUGCAAUCAAAUGGGUGGACAACAUCUUUGUGAUCACAAGGCAGCUAUAGCUAUUUAUUCAUUCUUACGCUCGGGCCUUGUUGAGAUUUUUUAUGUAUUUUGGUUUUAUCCACUUUACGUCUUCAGCUUCAUAUUAAGUACGCUUUGGUAUAAUGACAUUGCCAAGCAUGCUUUGGAUGUUGUGAAAAGGAAGAGCCUAGAUUCGACUCGAGCGUUGAAUGCUCACAACAUAACUGAACCAGGAGACCAACCUGAAGGAUUUGACAGGGUUGCCCUUGGUAUAGGGGAACAGGUCUAUUCAAUCCUCCUUUUGACCAUUUUCUUUGUUGAGGUUUCAGUGAUUGGUUAUGUACCGUACUUUGGCAAGGCAAUGAACUUCCUGCUCCUGUCAUUAAUGUAUGCCUACUACUGCUUCGAGUACAAGUGGAACUUCUUUGCAGUGAGUCUGAAUAACAGGCUUGAGUUCUUUGAAUCAAAUUGGGCCUUCUUUGCUGGAUUUGGGGCUCCAUGUGUCCUUCCAAUUUUCUUCUUCUCUCCUCUUACAAGUUAUGGACUUAUGGCCAUACUUUACCCGUUGUUUGUCUUGACUGCUGCAGGCACUCAAGCUGAGCAAGUGAUUGAUGAACUGAAACCUACACACGAAGGGAAACUACAAAGAAUACCUGUGUUCUUCGUGGCAAAGCGACUAACGACACAGGUACUGCAGCUGUUUCCAGCGGUGCAGAAAGAAGAAUGAAAGAUCCACAGGAAUAGUCAAGGAAAGAUGACACUGCGUUGUGCUUAUCACAACGCCGCGGUUUCAAAGAAGACACUGCGUUGUGCUUGUCACAACACCGCUUGUCGAUAAGCUGCAUGCCUCUCCAUAAUGCGGAAUGGGCUGUGUAUAUCUUCGCCACACUGUAAAUACCCUGUAACAUUGCUGUUGUAACAUACAUUUCUGCUAAAUGGAAGCUUUGAGGAAAAAAUAAAGUUCCACUUUGUCCA